AUGCCCCUGUACGAGCUCGUUUGCAUUGCAAAGCAUCACACUUCUUUGGCUCCUCUACACCAGCUCCUGCGCUCGUCGUCGGCACUCGUUGCCCAGAACGGCGGCGUCGUGCGCAGCCUCGACCACUGGGGCACCCGCAACCUCCCCAACCGCAUGAAGGUCGGCAAGCGUCGCGGAGGAGGCGGCGGAGGCGAGGACGGCGCACAGGGGCGAGGGGUCGGCGACUACUGGUCGAUGCGGUUCGACUGCUCGCCGCCCGUCCUCUCGGCCCUCAACACCCGCCUGCGCCUCGACCCUUCCGUCCUGCGGUGGACGACUCUCAAGACUGGCGCCCGCCUCGAUCAGGUCGCCGCAGACGCGGGCGAGAGCAGGACGGUCCGGUUCGCGAGGGACUUGCCGCCAGCGGCCGGUCAGGGCGAGCGCGCAGACGCGUGGGACCGGCUGUAG